AUGUCUUCCACCGACAAGUCGAGACAAUCUUCAGGAGGAAAGUCUUUCUUCUCGCGAAGCAGGAAAGACAAACGCAACACCAGCGACGAAGGUCGCCAUCUGGCUGGAGCCGAUUACUCCGAUACGGCCAGCGUAUACUCGCGCGCCUCUCGCCACCAUCGCGACUCGUCCGUCGUCUCGAUCGACCAAUACCCCGAGUCCGGCAUGACUGCUGGUCCCAUGACGAGUAUCCCCUACGACAGCAUACCCGAUUCUCGAUCACCAGUGCCCAUCGAAUACUUACCCAAAGGCGAUCAAGCAGCGGUGCUUCGUCCGAGUCCUUCGCCGCAUCAUCUCAACAAAGUUACAAGCGACUUUCAUCAGUAUCCCACCUUCGACCCGUCCACAAUGGCGGGGGGAGCGGGCUCACAUGCGUCGGCCCAGCGUGCGCCGCAGUCAAAUAUCACAAUGGCCAGUACAGGCCGCCAGACGCAAUACCAACAGUGGGGACCAGGGCCUGCUCGCGGAAGCACGGCGAGCACAAUCAAUGGGUCCCACAACCCCAGAUACGAUUCGUACAUGACAUCGGCGGGUCGUAGUUCCGCUGACCAAGCCAGCAUAUUCUCAUCAGGUAAUGGAGGCACCUAUGACUUAGCAGCAAAUCGCUCAUCAAGACCAGCGCUGCCCAGUGCUUCUUCGCAGAGUUCCUAUUCCUCGCACAUGUCCUAUAGGGACUCGACGCACCCUUCCUCGCACCGACUGACAAAGUUCCCCGGCAUGGGGCCCACUGGACACGAUGGGUUUCAUUUCCCCCGGCCGGACAACGACGAAAUUAUCGGCCAGAUGUUUUUGGCCUUGAUGCAAAAACGAGGAUGGCACAACCUACCCGAACAGGCUCGCCGACAGAUGGUCGCGUACGCGCCGGACAAGAAAUGGACGCUUCUAUACCAGGACCGAUUGACCGAGUGGCAAGGAGAGCAAAAGAGGAGGCAAACGGCGAAACCGAAUCAGUAUGCGGCCCCAGAGAUUCUGGUCAACUCGGACGAGGAGGGUUCACCAGAAUGGUACGUCCGACGCGUGAUGGAUAAUAGCUUGGACACAAAGGGCUUGGGGAGUUUGGAGGUCAAUCUCAGAACGCAGCAGAUUGGUUGGGUUAAGCGCUUCAUCGAGUGUCAGGGGCAAGUCGCGUUGACCAACGUUCUGAUGAAGAUCAACCGCAAGACCGCGAUGGGACCAGUACAAGAUGGGAGAUCAGACCGAAACUUCGACCGCGAAUACGAUAUCAUCAAGUGUCUAAAGGCCUUGAUGAACAACAAGUUCGGCGCCGACGAUGCUCUCGUCCAUCAACAAGUCAUUAUCGCAUUAGCGACUUCCCUGACGUCCCAGCGCUUGACAACUCGCAAAUUGGUCAGCGAAGUGCUCACUUUCUUGUGUCAUUGGGGCGAUGGGGAAGGUCACCUCAAGGUUAUUCAAGCUCUCGAUUCCGUCAAGGCACAACAAGGAGAAAAUGGCCGGUUCGACGCUUGGAUGCGGCUUGUUGAAGUCACGGUGGACGGGCGUGGAAAGAUGGGCAGUAUGGUCGGAGCCAGUGAUGAGGUCCGGAGCGGUGGCAUCGGCAUGGAGAACCUGCUCAUGGAAUACGCCGUUGCGACGCUGAUUCUCAUCAACAUGAUUGUCGAUGCGCCGGAGAAGGACCUGCAACUACGAAUGCACAUUCGCGCCCAGUUUACAGCAUGCGGCAUCAGGCGCAUCCUAACCAAGAUGGAGUCGUUCCAAUACGACCUCAUCGACAAGCAGGUUGAGCAUUUCCGAACCAACGAGGCCAUCGACUACGAGGAUCUGCUGGAAAAGGAAAACAACAGCAUCAAGGACAGCGUCGAAGGAGAAGUUAAGGACCUCAACGACCCUGUCCAGAUUGUGGAUGCCAUCCAGCAGCGUUUGCGUGGAAGCAAGACGCAGGACUACUUCAUCUCAGCGCUACAGCAUCUGCUGCUCAUUCGCGACAAUGAUGGUGAAGAGCGACUGCGGAUGUUCCAGCUGGUGGACUCAAUGUUGAGUUAUGUGGCUAUGGAUAGGCGUUUGCCCAACAUGGACCUCAAGCAAAGCCUGAACUUCACUGUCCAGAGUCUGUUAGAUAAGCUUCACACGGAUUCAGAGGCGCGGCAAGCCCAAGAUGAGGCACUCGAGGCACGCCAGGUUGCUGACGCUGCCAUGGCGGAGAGAGAUGAGAUGAGGGAGAGGUUAGAGCUGGGUGCCGAUGGACUCGUGGCAAAGCUUCAAAAGCAAUUAGACGAGCAGGCGAGAUUCAUUGAAGCUCAAAGGCGGCAAGCCGAAGGGCUGAAAGCUGAGCUCGAGAACAUCCAGACGCUGCGUCAGAAGGAAGCUCAACGGUACGAGCUCGAGACCAGAGAGCUUUACCUCAUGCUUAGAGACGCACAAGACGUUGCUGCCUCUAAUGCUGUCAAGGGUACCAACAAGCUUGGGGAAGAAGACCCGGCUCGGAUGCAGGGCAUUUUGGACCGUGACCGACUCAUGGAGCGUCUUCAGAUGCAGAUCGAACGCCAAAAGACCCAGUUCAAGCUGGAGGGUAGAGUGUGGGGAGAUGCUGUCGGUCCAUCUGAUCGACUACGCGCUCUCCGCGAGGAGAUGGACGACAGCACGAUGGGAUCAGGACUUGGUACGCCGCCAAGAGACUUCACAAACAGCAUGCUCGGAAGCGUCAACCGCAACACAAAGAUUACCCGCAAGCCAGUCAACGGCCGUGGCGAACCUAUGGAAGGCGAUUUCCCCGACGGCGAAGACGUUGAAAUGGACGAGGACGGGGUUGUCUAUGAGAAGCCUCGGGUCGUCGAAAUCCGCCGCCCCGUUAUGGAUCCCAACCAGAAGGCCGGUCUCUUUGGCGAGAUGGCCGGCAAGGUCAAGAAAUACGAGGGAAGCGAUUCAGAAGACGCCGAGGGCGCAACAACUGGCCCUUCUCAUCCGAGCCUCGAGUCCGGCUCUCCAAUCACACCUGCCGAUGGCGAACCUCCCAAGAUCCAAAUUACUGGGGCUGCCGCACCCCCUCCUCCACCUCCGCCGCCGCCUAUGCCCGGUCAAACCGGUGUUCCACCACCUCCUCCCCCACCACCGCCGCCUCCGCCUAUGCCGGGAAUGCUGUCACCAACUGGCGCUCCACCUCCGCCGCCUCCGCCACCCCCUCCACCACCCCCAGGGGGUCUUCCGGGAAUGCCACCACCUCCCCCUCCGCCAUUGCCUGGCGCCAUCUCAGGCCACUUCCUAUCACAGGCAACACCCUUCGCCGGCGGGAAUACUAUCGGCUUGCCUAUUGUUCGUCCAAAGAAGAAGCUCAAGGCUCUUCAUUGGGACAAGGUCGACUCUCACAUGACUACGCAUUGGGCCGCCCAUGCUCCGUCUGCUGAGGAGCGCGAAGAGAAGUACCUCGAACUUAGCCGCAAGGGUAUCUUGGACGAGGUUGAGAAGCUCUUCAUGGCCAAGGAAAUCAAGAGACUUGGAGUCGGUGGUGGCGCGAAGAAGGAUGACAAGAAGCAGAUCAUCUCCGGAGACCUUCGCAAAGCUUUCGAAAUUGCCUUCGCCAAGUUUUCUCAGGUUUCCGUCGAGAAAAUCGUGCAGUCCAUCAUUCAUUGCGACAAGGAUAUUCUAGAUAACUCUGUCGUCAUGGACUUCUUGCGCAAAGACGAUCUGUGCAAUAUUCCGGAUAACACAGCGAAGCAGAUGGCUCCGUACAGUAAGGAUUGGACUGGCGCGAACCCCGACAAGGCCGAACGCGAACAGGACCCUGCCGAACUCACGAGGCAGGAUCAGAUUUACCUGUUCACAGCCUUUGAACUGCAUCAUUACUGGAAGGCCCGUAUGCGAGCUCUGGCCCUUACUAGGAGCUUCGAGCCUGACUUUGACGAGAUCACGGAGAAGAUGCGCCAAGUCGUUGCCGUAUCCGAGUCUCUGCGAGACUCUGUGUCCCUCAUGAACGUUCUCGGUCUCAUUCUCGAUAUCGGAAACUACAUGAACGACGCCAACAAGCAGGCUCGCGGUUUCAAGCUGAGCUCUCUUGCCCGUCUAGGCAUGGUCAAGGAUGACAAGAACGAAUCUACGCUCGCUGAUCUCGUCGAGCGAAUCGUUCGCAACCAGUACCCCGAAUGGGAAGACUUCUCGGAUGACAUCAACGGUGUCGUGAUGGCUCAAAAGAUCAAUAUUGAGCAAGUUCAGCAGGACGCCAAGCAAUACAUCGACACGGUGAAGAACGUUCAGAUGUCUCUCGAUGCCGGUAAUCUCAGCGAUUCCAAGAAGUUCCAUCCCCAAGAUCGCGUCAGUCAAAUUGUCCAAAGAAUUAUGAAGGACGCGAGAAGAAAGGCGGAGGAGAUGCAGCUGUACUUGGAGGAGAUGAUGAAGACGUACAACGACAUCAUGGUCUUUUAUGGCGAAGACCCCACCGACGAGAACGCCCGCAGAGACUUCUUUGCCAAGCUUGCCAUGUUCAUUAUGGGCUGGAAGAAGUCCCGGGAGAAGAACGUCCAGCUCGAGGAGACGCGCAGGCGCAACGAGGCGUCUAUGAAGCGGAAGCACGCCCAGCUCCAGGUAUCAAAUGCCAAGGUGGACGGAGCACCGCCCUCGCCAUCAAGCGCAGGUGCCAUGGACUCCUUGCUGGAGAAGCUGCGCGCUGCCGCGCCUCAAACACGAGACCAGAGAGAUCGUCGUCGCAGGGCCAGACUUAAGGACCGCCACCAGGUGCGAGUCGCAUCUGGUCAAAAAAUCCCUGAUCCAGACGAAAUCCCCGAGGUUGAGGCCUCCCUACAACAAGCGCCCAAGGAGGCGACUAUUGACGAAGAAGGCAACCCCAUCAGCCCGGGACUAUCGUCACCCAGAGAAGCUGGAGAGGAUGACGUGGCAGAUCGUGCGGCGUUAUUGCUACAAGGUAUACGUGGAGGAGACGGGGCUGAUGAGGCCGACCCGGAGAAGCGAGAGAGCCUACGGCGCUCGAGGAGGCAGACGGCCGAGGAAGAGAGGAGGAUGAGAAGACGCAGGCGGGAGAAGGCAACGUCUACAAACACUGCCGUCAGCGAAGGAGACACGACUGUGACGGAAGCGAAGGAGGAGGAGAUACCCCCGACACCUUCGAUUGAGAACACGCCUGUAGAGCCAUGA